AUGGCUUCAUCUCUCAAUUUGCGACUCAGCCCUGCACCACCGCGUUCCCCAGUGUGUUCCAUUAUCUCAAGGAGUGCUUCUCCACGAGCUGUGGAGCUGGUGCAACUCCUAGAUCACUUCAACUCCUUUUGCGUACUGGACACGAAGUCACCAGGGAAUGCAGUUGUUGCGGCUUCCAAGGAUAUAUGCUCUGCGGGUGGAAGGGGAGAGCAGUUCCCGCUUAAUGUGAAUGUUCUCGAAGAAGAAUCGUGUCCUGUAGUUUCGGGAUUCGACGAAAAUGGGAAUGAUGUCUCGUACCUUAUAAUCGCCACAAGACUGAUUACUGCGGCUUCAGGGGAAUGCCGUUUACUCCUCGCCACUCUUCUUGAUAUCACCGAUUUUCUAUACGCUGCCACACUUGAAGACCUGGAGUUAAGGAAGAACCCAAAGACAUGCGGUACCGACUGUUGCAUAUCGCCCAGCCUUAAUUCACGAGUCAAUCUCAGUGCCGCAGAUUCACCAAAGCAUCCAUUUCCGGAUGAGAGCAAAGGGGCGGGCGUACAUCGGAGCCAAACUCCAAUGAGCACCGGCCCUUCUCAUACGACCGAGCAGCUGCUUUCAGAAUUUAGUGCUGAGCUGCUAUAUAUUUACAAGGAUACGUUUAUUUUAGCACGUUCACUCCAAGACAGCACGCUCUAUAAAAUAUCCCACGUGUCUCGCUCGCUGCACGCCGAAGGCGAAUAUAUUCGGAGUCAUCUAAAGCACACCCCCGCUGAAAAGAUGAAGCUACUCAGUGAAUGUUUAGGGAAGAACAAUAGAUUUGAUAUCAUUGUUCGUUGGGGAGACUCUGGCGUGGAAAAACGGCUAUACUGCGCACCAAUCUACAGUCGCGAGUCAUGGGACUGGGUUUAUCCAACAGCCUACUCUUUGGCAUAUGUUGUUAUGAACCAGGGGCCCCCAGAUACCCUGGAGGCCGAUCACCCAAAAAUCCGCAUACAUAGUGCAACCCAGGAUGUGUUAGUGUACUCAAGAUGA